AGUAUGUACGGCUUGGCGCAGUGGUCCAGGCGAUCGCGAUGGUGGGGAAGCUUUUGAAAUUUCCCAGUACCAGUUGCAGUGGAGCAUCCUUCGCUGUCCUCCCCUUCCCAUUGCUACAAUCAGUAGACAAACAUUGUAGUCUUUCUUAUAUGCAAGUCUCUCCCUCCGUUCUCCGGCCCUACAGUCUCGGCGCUCCGAGAUACACAGAGCGAGACGAUGAUGAUGCUUCAUCAUUUGCAGAGCUCGCGGCCAUGGAUUCCACCUCCACGCUUACAGCUCAGUCGGAUGGCUUCGUCCAAGAGAAAACAAAUCCCAUGCUUCUAUUGGUGGAUCCAUUCUCCCGCUUUAAGUGCACAUGCAUUUAUAGUACAUAAUGGAGGUAAAGUGGAGGCCAGUUCUCAAAGCACCUUGAAUCACAGUUUGUUUAGGAUGGGCCAACAACAUUUCCCUCAGGGUUACCGAGCUAAAUUCAUGAUGGGGUCUUUGCCAACUUAUUUCCUGCUCAGGAUGAUGCAGUUGAAUUCAGCUAAUAUGUUGAUGAAGAUAAUUCAAGACUUACUUCUCUAUGUGGUUCGAACUAUUGGGGCUACCAGCUCACCUUUUGCUUGUAUAUCUAAUUCCUUGAAUAAACCCAUGCCUCUUAAGUUGGAUGUAUCCUUGCCGUCAUUACAAGAUGUUAGAUGGAGCUUUGCACGAUUAUUAUACUUAUUCAACAUGCAAGUUGAGAGAAACGUUGCCACGUUUUUUGUAGUACUCCUUGCAGCAUGCAUCUCAUUUGUUGCCAUUGGUGGUUUCCUGUUCUUCAAGUUAAGGGGUAGUUCUCAAUCUUUGGAAGACUGCUUCUGGGAGGCUUGGGCAUGCCUGUGCUCGUCAUCUACUCAUUUAAAACAAAGAACACGUGUUGAGCGUGUUAUUGGCUUUAUCCUUGCUAUAUGGGGUAUAUUGUUUUACACCCGCCUGUUGAGCACAAUGACAGAGCAGUUGAGGAAUAAUAUGCAAAGGCUGAGAGAGGGAGCACAAUUGCAUGUUCUGGAGACUGAUCAUAUCAUUAUCUGCGGGGUAAACAGUCAUUUGACCUUCAUACUGAAGCAGCUAAAUAAGUAUCAUGAGUCUGCAAUCCGCUUAGGCACUGCCUCGGCUAGGAGGCAGAGAAUUCUUCUUAUGGCUGAUCUUCCAAGAAAGCAGAUGGACAAGAUAGCUGACAAUAUUGCUAAAGAUCUUAACCAUAUUGAUGUACUUACAAAGAGUUGCAGCCUUAGCUUAACAAAAUCAUUUGAAAGAGCUGCAGCUAAUAAGGCACGUGCUAUAAUUAUAUUGCCAACAAAGGGAGAUAGGUAUGAAGUUGAUACAGAUGCAUUUUUGUCUGUACUAGCCCUUCAACCUCUUCCAAAAAUGGUAUCUGUCCCUACCAUUGUCGAGGUCUCAAACUCCAAUACAUGUGAGCUGUUAAAGUCAAUCUCAGGAGUGAAAGUUCAGCCAGUAGAAAAUGUUGCGUCCAAAUUAUUCGUUCAGUGCUCCCGGCAAAAAGGCCUUAUAAAGAUCUACAAACACUUGCUUAAUUAUCGCAAAAAUGUAUUUAAUCUUUGCAAUUUUCCAAAUCUAGCUGGAAUAAAGUAUAGGCAAUUAAGACGUGGGUUUCAAGAGGCAGUUGUUUGCGGUCUUUUUCGGAAGGGGAAGAUAUAUUUCCACCCAAACGAUGAUGAAGUUCUGGAGCAAACUGAUAAAGUGCUAUUUAUUGCACCUGUUCAUGGGAAAAGAAAAAUGCAGCUCGCAUAUUCAAAUGUUGUCCUGGAAAGAGCUAAUGAUACCAAACAUUUGGAAGCUGUUGAAAAGAAUGAUGGAUCUCCAAAUCAUGUCUUAGAAUUAAAAAAAACAAGGCUUGAAAAUAUUGUAAAACGUCCCACAAAACCAGGAUCAAAGGCAUCAGACUGGACUCUAGGACCAAAAGAAUGUAUACUUGUGCUUGGUUGGCGCCCUGAUGUUGUUGAAAUGAUAGAAGAAUAUGAUAAUUAUCUUGGACCAGGCAGCGUAUUGGAAAUAUUAUCAGAUGUACCAUUGGAUGAUAGAAACAGGGCAAGCAACCUUGCUCACCAAGGCAAUCUAAAAAAUGUCCAGGUUUCCCAUAGGAUUGGAAACCCCAUGAACUAUGAUACUUUGAAAGAAGCUAUAAUAAACAUUCAAAACUCUUUCCAGAAGGGUGGAGAUAUUCCCCUGUCUAUUGUUAUAAUCUCAGACCGUGAGUGGCUUCUUGGAGAUCCUUCCAGGGCAGACAAGCAUUCUGCAUAUUCUCUUCUUCUUGCUGAAAAUAUUUGCAACAAACUUGGAGUGAAGGUGCAAAAUCUAGUUGCAGAAAUUGUCGACUCAAAGUUGGGGAAACAAAUUACUCGACUAAAACCAUCACUAACUUAUAUAGCAGCUGAGGAAGUAAUGAGCCUCGUUACAGCUCAAGUGGCAGAGAACUUUGAACUUAAUGAGGUGUGGAAAGAUGUCCUAAAUGCUGAGGGAGAUGAAAUAUAUGUGAAGGAUAUUAGCCUCUACAUGAAGGAGGGGGAGAACCCCUCAUUCUCAGAGCUCACUGAAAGGGCAUAUUUGCGGAGAGAAGUUGCCAUUGGUUACGUGAAAAACAACAAAAAGGUCAUAAACCCAAUUCCCAAUUCAGAACCCCUGCCCCUUGAAUUGACAGACUAUCUAAUUGUAAUAUCUGAGCUUGAGGGAGAACAGCCCAUUGUUGUGUAACAUGUAUAUUACAAUUUUUUCAUGUGGCUACGCUUGCCUUUUUUAGUGGUGGCUGGCCCAUCCUUGUUUGUCUUU